AUGUUGAUAGAUGUUGUGUUGAUGAGAAAUGAGGAUGAGAAAGAAGUAAGGACCGUUUCAUUUACCAAAUAUUGCAAUAUUAUAUUCAUCUACGAUGUGAUCGAAACUACGAUAUCCGACCUAGGUUGGUGCGAGAAUAGGAGUCAUAGCAGAGCAAGCAGACCGCCCGACAUUCCUAUAAAUUUAUAA